GAGGCAGGGGUGGCGGCGGCGUCUUGGGGAUCCCUAGAGCGCAAGGGGUGCGAGCGCGGGGCGGCGGCUGGGGUGGGUCGUCGGGCGUGGAGCACAGCCCGGACUGAGCUGACAGGUCGCCGAGGAAGCCCACUACCGGGAGGGACCUUGACUCCUAAUAAAUAGCAGGUACCUGGCCAAGCUGUCCUCGGUGGGGAGCAUCUCUGAGGAGGAGACAUGUGAGAAGCUCAAGGGACUGAUCCAGAGGCAGGUGCAGAUGUGCAAGCGGAACCUGGAGGUGAUGGACUCGGUGCGCCGCGGCGCCCAGCUCGCCAUCGAGGAGUGCCAGUACCAGUUCCGGAACCGGCGCUGGAACUGCUCCACGCUCGACUCGCUGCCUGUCUUUGGCAAGGUGGUGACGCAAGGGACUCGGGAGGCGGCCUUCGUGUACGCCAUCUCUUCGGCAGGUGUGGCCUUUGCGGUGACGCGGGCAUGCAGCAGCGGGGAGCUUGAAAAGUGCGGCUGUGACCGGACGGUACAUGGGGUCAGCCCACAGGGCUUCCAGUGGUCAGGAUGCUCGGACAACAUUGCCUACGGCGUGGCCUUCUCACAGUCGUUCGUGGACGUGCGGGAGAGAAACAAGGGGGCCUCGUCCAGCCGGGCCCUCAUGAACCUGCACAACAACGAGGCCGGCAGGAAGGCUAUCCUGACACACAUGCGGGUGGAGUGCAAGUGCCACGGGGUGUCGGGCUCCUGCGAGGUAAAGACGUGCUGGCGAGCCGUGCCGCCCUUCCGCCAGGUGGGCCACGCACUCAAGGAGAAGUUUGAUGGAGCCACCGAGGUGGAGCCACGCCGUGUGGGCUCCUCCAGGGCACUGGUGCCGCGUAACGCGCAGUUCAAGCCACACACAGACGAGGACCUGGUGUACUUGGAGCCCAGCCCAGACUUCUGCGAGCAGGACAUGCGCAGCGGCGUGCUGGGCACGAGGGGCCGCACGUGCAACAAGACAUCCAAGGCCAUCGACGGCUGUGAGCUGCUGUGCUGUGGCCGCGGCUUCCACACAGCACAGGUAGAGCUAGCUGAGCGCUGCAGCUGCAAAUUCCACUGGUGCUGCUUCGUCAAGUGCCGGCAGUGCCAGCGCCUCGUCGAGCUGCACACGUGCCGGUGACUGCCGCCCGGCUCUGUGCCCAGCAACCACCCCGUGGCCCGGGGAAGGCCAAUAAUUUAAACAGUCCCUCACCACCCACCCCAAAAGAUACUGGUUGUAUUUUUUGUUUUGGUUUGGUUUUUGGGUCCUCAUGUUAUUUAUUGCUGAAACCAGGUGGGCGACCCCAAGAGCACCAACCGGGGCCUCCCUGCAACCUGGACCCUUGUGGCUGCCACUGACCAAAGGGACCUUGCUCAUGCCUCUGGCUGUCCACAUGUGGCCGCUGCUGACCACUCAGUUAUCUGUAUCUGUUUUUCUACUUGUAGACUUAAGGUGGGUAACAAAGAGUGUUACAGCCACAUGCCUACUGACUCUGCCCUCCAGGGAAAGGGGUGACCCUAUGGCAGGGGUAUGGGCGCCAUCUCCAUGGCAGUGUCACCCCCAGACAUACACAGAUCCCUGGCCGCUUCAGCUCAGUGGCCUCGUCUCUCAAGCCCUCUGCAAAGGAGAUGGGCAGAUACCAGGUCCAGGGCAAAGGGUUAAUUUCAGGCAUCCAAGAGCAGCUGAGGUUCAAUCUCUGUGAGACCCCACAGCCCAGCAGCCAAGCUACCCCUCACAGAGGGAGACCCCUACCCCCUGGUCCCUCCCAGGCAGGAAUACGGCUGCAGCCCAAGUCAGAGACCCCAGCAGGGCCUUCACAGCAACGCCCCAGUGUGCGUCUCUUCAUGGUGCUGCUCCUUGGUGAAGCUAAGAGUGGAAACGUCACAUACACACACAGGAGCAAAGCCCUCUCCCAACCUUUAUUUCACUCCCUUAACCAAAUCUAUCGAGCAGAUACUGUUCUGGGCCCUGUCCUGGGCCGUCUCACUGGACGACCACAGCAAUCUCGGGAGGACAAGACGGGGAUGCUUGUGCCCAUUCUGCAGGAGAAAGGGCAAGGCGCAGCCAGGUCCCAGAGCCAGUAGGUGCAGAGGCAGAGCCAGAAGAGCCCUCCAGCCAAGAUGGAGCAGGCUCUGAGGGAACAGGAGAACAGCUGGAAAGCUGACGAGGUAAGGUCUCAGCAGCAGAGGCCCUCCCGCCCCCAGGCACCUCGGGCUCUGAGGAGCCCCGCAGAGCCAGCACCAGCAGCCCGGGCCCGGCCCUGUGCAGGGCCAAACCAGCAGGAGCCCAGCUCAAAUUUCUGUGAGCAGAACCUGCACAUAGAGAGCCCUGGCCUGACCCAACUGCUUCUCAGAUGGGCUCCCAACCCCCAGAGGGCCUUGCUCUCAGCCCAGUCUCCAAGCUGCCCCCACACUGGGGCUUCAAGCUCCUGGUUUGAUGUCUUAAGCUCCGAGAUCCCCUUCGGAGGAUCUCAGAAGACCCCCGAGUUCUUGGCUCCAGGGUUCUGUGUCUAAAUUCAAAGUCUCAGAUCCAGAACACGGGCUCCAGCCUGUAGACGCUCUCCUCCAGGCCUGUGUUUUGUGCCUCCUGGUGUUGGCUCCCUCACGAAGAGAGGGUCAACACCCUUGGCCCCCAGCCAAGCUCUCUGCUCAAUGUCCACCCAAGAAGGCCAAAACCAAGUGAGAUGCUGGACCCACAUUCAAAUGCGGGGAUAAUCGUGGGGCAGGCAGGCUCUGAUGUGGAUGAAAGCUGAGCCGACCGAGUGUCCCCACAGCAGCCCAGCUGGGCUCGCUGCUCCUCUGGCGGGCUCUGCUCAGCUGUCUGCUCAGCGCCAGGGAAAAUACUACCCCUCACUGCAGAGGCCAGGCCCACACAAAGGAAGCGGUGGAGACCCCUCCCCACCCCAAGUCCUGUCCCCAGAACCUGGGGACUAGCAGACCCAGGCUGGGUGCUGGCAAGAUGGGCACUGCCCCAGGAAGAAGUGAGAGUGCCUGUGUCCAUUCAUAGGCUUCACCUUUCCACCUGCCAGGAGGCUCCUCAAAGCAGAUCCUCCUGGGUUCUGAAGGGUGUCACCUCGGUGAAGCAACCUAGAUUCUAGCAACCUCUGCCCAGCCCGACCACCGCUGCCACCAGCACCCCAAAGGCCAAAGGGAUCCACAGACGCAGGAAAAUGGCACUUCCUUGGACACACCCAGCUCCAAACUGUCCCAAAUAAAGAGGAGGAACCAGCACAGGCCUGACAGAGCCCACUCACCCUGGAAGCUGGCCAGAGGGUCCAAGCCCUGCCCGAAAACCUCUCCACUAGUCUUACCACAAGGCAAAGGUGUCCUCUGAGGCCUAGGGCUGGACAAGCCCCGGCUCUGGCUGCUGCUACCCCCUCUGCUGUCCCUGCCCCAUCCCCAAUUUUUAUACUAGGCUCCUUGCCUUUGUGACAUCCCCAUGAAAUAGUCUGAUGCACGAUAAAAUGAUUAUUUCUUUAUCUUGCAA